UUUAGUUGGUUAUUAAAAAAUCAAGAAAUUUUUACUGAAAUUAUCAAUUUCCUAAUUAGGUACGAAUAAAUUAUAAAUUUGAAGUAAAUUUUAUCCUAAUUUUAUGAUAGGUUGCGUAUCAGAAAGAAGAAUUAAAGAUGGACUUGUACUUAGCAGUGAGAAAAGAUACGUGGUCUACCUUACCAAAGCGCCUCUCUCCCCCCAAAAGUACGAUGCCUGGAUCUGUGGGGGGGCGCUAGUCACCCCCUGGUUUGUGAUCACCUCUGCAGCUUGCGUUGAAGACGUUCGUCAUAUGUACGUGAUAGCUGGCUAUGAUAAAUAUGUGAAACCCAACGAUCUUAAUAAGGAUAAAUGCACUAAAUCGAAGAAAAAGAAGGUUGUGUUUACUUGUGUGCCUAAAACAUACAAUUUGGACUACGCAAAGAUCGAAAAGUGGUCGUCCAUCGACAUAGCUGUAGUCAAAGUAGAAUCAGCCUUCAGUCUAUCAGACGAAACAUAUAAUACCGAUUGUUCUUAUAUACCUGCUACUAUAUCUGUCAAUUACGACCCCAAGUACCAAGAAGCAGGGAUAGAUGCUAUUGUUAUGGGCUGGGGACAUUUGAGUAAAUGGCGAUCGACGAAAGAGCGUGAAGACUGGAACCAAGAAAAGCUGCGUUAUGCGUCCACACGACUUUACAGCAAGGAAAGGUGUAAAGAACAUUAUUCUGCUGAAAUGGAGCAGAUAAUAGAUAAAUACAUGAUCUGUACGUAUGCGGCGGGCAAUCUCGAUGACAAGGGGGAAAUUAUUGAGAAGGCUGAGUUGGUAGCUGAUGGAUGCGUGUAUAAGAAAGUUCUUAUUGAUGGUGUGGAAUAUUUACAAUGCGCCAAGGACCCGAAUGAAAGCAGUGACGACACUAGAAGAAAUUUAGACAACGUUACUGUUAUGGGAAAUUAUACUUACACUAGAAGAAAUGGUAUUUGUCAGAACGACCACGGCGGUCCGCUCGUCACUUGGGUGGGGACACAUGAAGUACUGAUCGGUGUAGCCUCUGUGUUCCGAGUGAAGUCUAACCUGGAGUGCGAUGGACCUUACCUCUUUACUAGUACACAGUGUAACGGAGUGUUCUUGGAUUGCGUGUUGAAUCUAUCUGGGAAAGGCUCGAGAAGGCAAUGUAAUUUAUCACCACAGGAACGAGGCUUCGAUAUUGUAGAAAGAAAAAUAUCUUGGAUAAACCAUCCUGACGGACCAGCUGAAAACGAAAGAAUAGAGAAGAUCAGACUACGACCGCAAAUACCAAUUGGAGUUUAUGGUUGAAAACGAAAAUAUAAAAAUGUUCAAAAAA